AUGGCUUCUAAGAUCUUCUUCCUAUUUCUCCUCUUUCUAGCGCACCCUCAUCCAUAUGUACUAGUGAACGGAGAUGCCACUUUGAUAAAGAGAACUUGCAAGAACACCAAGUACUACAAUCUCUGCUUCUCUUCUCUCAAAUCUGAUCCUAGCAGCCCUAAUGCGGACCCUAAAGGCCUAGCUGUGAUCAUGGUUGGGAUUGGAAUGACCAAUGCCACUUCCACUUCUUCCUACUUGUCUUCCAAGUUGCUUAGCCCUUCCAACAACACAACCUUGAAAGGGGUCUUCAAAGAGUGUGCAGUUAAGUACACUUAUGCUGGUGAUGCCCUCCAAGCUUCAGUGCAAGAUUUGGCUAAUGAGGCUUAUGACUAUGCUUACAUGCACAUCUCUGCCGCCAAAGAUUACCCAAAUGCUUGUCACAAUGCUUUCAAACGCUAUCCUGGUUUGGUUUACCCUCCUGAUCUUGCUCUUCGAGAAGAUGGUUUGAAGCAUAUAUGUGAUGUGGCAAUGGGGAUCAUUGAUAAUCUCAAUUGGUAG